CCUGUUGCCCUCCGCUGCCACCGCAGACGCUGCCAACAUCUCCUGCGCAAGGGGCCAGCGCUUUGUCAGCUCGCCAGCUGGUCAUCUAAUCAGCUGGUCAUCUAAUCAUCUCAUCAGCUGGUCAUCUAGUCAGCUGGUCAUCUAAUCAUCUCAUCAGCUGGUCAUCUAGUCAGCUGGUCAUCUAAUCAUCUAGUCAGCUGGUCAGUCACGAUGGGCAAGAAGAAGCCAGGAAAGAAGGCCGAGGAGGGAGGAGCGUCCGCAGCGGAGGCGGGGGCAGCCGGCCAGACCAAGGGGCAGGCCGAGGGGCAGGGCGGCCACGGGGACGACCACGGCAAGGGGCAGCCCAAGUGUGGAGGAGGUGGAGGAGGUGGAGGAGGUCCCGCGGAGAAGAAGCCUCAGCAGGAGAAAGGCAAAGGUCACGGCACCGAUGGGGGCAAAGGUCACGGCGAGGCGAGCAAAGGUCACGGCACCGAGGCGGGCAAAGGUCACGGCGAGGCGAGCAAAGGUCACGUCGAGCCGGGCAAAGGUCACGGCGAGCCGGGCAAAGGUCACGGCGAGGCGGGCAAAGGUCACGGCGAGCUGGGUAAAGGCCACGGCGAGGCGGGCAAAGGUCACGGAGAGGCGGGCAAAGGUCACGGCGAGCCAGGCAAAGGUCACGGCGAGGCGGGCAAAGGUCACGGUGAGCCGGGCAAAGGUUACGGCGAGGCGGGCAAAGGUCACGGCGAAGCGGCCAAAGGUCACGGCACCGAGGCGGGCAAAGGUCACAGCGAGGGGGGCAAAGGUCACGGCACAGAAGCAGGCAAAGGUCACGGCACCGAGGCGGGCAAAGGUCACCACGGCGAGCACGGCAAGGGGCCGCAGGAGCAGGCCAAGGGCCACGGGGGGAAGAAGGAGGCCAAGGCGGCCGGGACGGCUUCCCACGCCGUCAAGAAGCAGAAGUCCGCCGACAAGCAGCAGCAGCCGGAGCCCGUGCCGGUGGCGGCCGCCGCCGUGACGGCCGCUGCCGUUGCCGGCGCCGCCGAGGCUCAGAAGGGGCAGCCGGUCGACGUCAUCGGCGGCGGAGGUGGCAGCGGUGGGAUGUCCGACGCCGAUCUCCUAGGAGGACCGGAGCCCGUUCCAGCGGCUCCCGCCCCGCCGGGCGGCAAGCCCCAGCCGCAGGCCUCGCUCGACCUGGGCGGCUUGGACUUCGACGCUCCGCCGCCGGACGUGGACUGGAGCGCCGGGGGGACGGCGACGGCCGUCAAGGAGGGGCAGGUGAAGAAGGAGGACUUCGUGCCGCUCGUCGUCAAGGAGGGCGAGGCCGCCGCCGCCAAGUUCGGCGGGAAGGCCACCGUGGCCGACGGCAAAGGGCCGAAGAAAUCCGGUGCCGCUGAGAAACCGGCGGCGUCUGCGGUGGCUCAGGUGGCUCAGGUAGCCCAGGGGGUUCAGGGGGUUCAGGCGGCUCAGGUAGCACAGGCCGCCGGGCCGGCUGUCUACGGAGGGGGGAUGUCCGAUGCCGAUCUUCUGGGUGGACCGACCGCGGCUGCUCCGGUGGUUCCUCCCAAGCCGCAGGCCGGGGUGGACCUGGACGGCCUGGACUUCGACGCUCCGCCGCCGGACGUGGACUGGAGCGCCGGGGGGACGGCGACGUCCGUCAAGGAGAAGGAGGCCAAGAAGGAGGCCUUCGUGCCGCUCGUCGUCAAGGAAGGGGAAGAGGCCAGGGGGGGUCCCGGCGGGAGGCCCAAAGACGGAGGGGAGACGGCCUGCUGCCCGGCCCCCAAGUCCGUGCCGCUCACCAAACUGGAGCCCGCCCUCCGGGCCAAGUCUUCGGAGCCUCCGGCAAAAUCCGGCGCUCCUCCUGCUGCUGCUUCUUUGGCCAAAACGUCUUCGGAGCCUCCGGCAAAAUCCGGCGCUCCUCCUGCUGCUGCUUCUUUGGCCAAAACGUCUUCGGAGCCUCCGGCAAAAUCCGGCGCUCCUCCUGCUGCUGCUUCUUUGGCCAAAACGUCUUCGGAGCCUCCGGCAAAAUCCGGCGCUCCUCCUGCUGCUGCUUCUUUGGCCAAAACGUCUUCGGAGCCUCCGGCAAAGAAGUUCUCGGCCUCCUCUUCCGUCGCCGCGGCGACCGAGCCUCAGCUCAAGGCCUCGGCGUGCCAGGUCAAGUUGGCGACGGCGCCGCUGGUGCCGCCCCAGCAGAAGCCGAUGUCCUGCGUCCCCCCGGCCAAACCGUUCUCCUGCGGCGGCCCAGGGCAGGGGAUCUCCGAUUCGGACCUCUUCGGCGUCGGCGGCGGCGGUGUCGGCAGUGUCGUUCAACCGACCCCGGCGCCGGCCGCCAAGGUGCAGACGCCUCCCGCCUGCGACCUGUUGGCCAAACCGACGGCCAAACCGACGGCAACACCGGCGGCUACGGUGGCUACGGCGUUGCCCGACCAGACCCAGCAGCAGCAGAAGGGCGUCCAGGCCGGCCUCUCCGCAGGAGCCUCCCUUCCGGGGGCAGCCGCGGCCGCCGGUCCAGGCGAGGCUCAGGCUUCGGCCCGGCCCGCUCAGCCGCCCCUGCAGCCCCUGCCGCUGCCGCCGCCGUCGCCGGGAAUUUCUGACGACGACCUCUUCGGCAUUACGCCCGACCCUCCGGCGGGCGGGCCUCCGGCGGGCGGGCCUCCGGCAUGUCCCGGUGGCCCCGGCGGCCCCGGCAAGGCUUCGGCCGGCGCCUACGACGACCUGGGCCUGGACUUCGACCGUCCCGCCCCGGACGUCGACUGGUCGGCCAGCGGCAAGCCCCUCGUCAAGGAGCAGGAGAUCAAGGCCACCGUAUACAUCCCCCUGGUGGACGACGAGGACGUUGGCAGCGGCAGCGGUGGGGGUGGAGCGGCGGUGCCAGGGGCGGUGAAAGGGGCGGUGGUAGCGGCACCAGGGGCGGUGAAAGGGGCAGCAGUGACGGCACCAGGGGCGGUGAAAGGGGCGGUGGUAGCGGCACCAGGGGCGGUGAAAGGGGCGGUGGUAGCGGCACCAGGGGCGGUGAAAGGGGCGGUGGUAGCGGCACCAGGGGCAGUGAAAGGGGCAGCAGUGACGGCACCAGGGGCGGUGAAAGGGGGAGCGGUGGCGGUGCCAGGGGCGGUGAAAGGGGGAGCACCACCAGCAGCAGCAGCAGCAGGAGCAACAGCAGCAGCAGCAGGAGCAGCAGUGAAAGGGGCGGUGGUGGCGGCAGCAGCAGCACCAGCAACAGUAGCAGGAGCAGCAGCAGCAGCAGUGAAAGGGGCAGCAGCAGCAGCAGGAGCAGCACCAGUACCAGCAGCAGCAGCAGCAGCAGGAGCAGCAGUGAAAGGGGCGGUGGUGGCGGCAGCAGCAGCACCAGCAGCAGCAGGAGCAGCAGCAGCAGCAGGAGGAGGGGCAGUGAAAGAGUCGGAAGGGAAAAAGGCGAAAUGAGAGCUGAGAUGGCGAUUGGUGGUCUCGUGUGCCGGGGUGUUGCCUUGCGACUGGCUGUGCGCACACACACACAGCUACACACACACAGCUACACACACUAACACACACAGCUACACACUAACACACACACCUACACACACAUCUACACACACACCUACACACACACACCUACACACACACCUACACACUAACACACACACCUACACACUAACACACACACACACCUACACACACAUCUACACACACACACACACCUACACACACACACACCUACACACACACACACUUACACACACACAUCUACACACACACACCUACACACACACCUACACACCGGGUCGCCAUUGGGGGCACGUGACACAUGUUUACAGGGAGGGGGUGGGCGGAGCCACCAGACACGCCCAUGUCCAUAUAUGGACAUGGGCGUGUCCAUAUAUGGACAUGGGCGUGGCCUGCGUUGUGGGCGUGUUCUGAUUGACGUGUGUGACGCGUUAAUGGGCGUGGCUUGUGGGGUGUGUGGGCGGGGCUUGUUGGUCCCCGGGUUACGGAAGGCGGUUACGUAUGUCGAGAAGUCGGACAAAAUUUUGACAAUACAAAGAUCCCCCAGGUAGCCUCUAGCAGGGCUGCAGGGGCAAGUGCUGAGACACAGACAAAGCUCCCCCAGGUAGCCUCUAGCAGGGCUGCAGGGGCAAGUGCUGAGACACAGACAAAGCUCCCCCAGGUAGCCUCUAGCAGGGCUGCAGGGGCAAGUGCUGAGACACAGACAAAGCUCCCCCAGGUAGCCUCUAGCAGGGCUGCAGGGGCAAGUGCUGAGACACAGACAAAGCUCCCCCAGGUAGCCUCUAGCAGGGCUGUAGGGGCAAGUGCUGAGACACAGACAAAGCUCCCCCAGGUAGCCUCUAGCAGGGCUGUAGGGGCAAGUGCUGAGACACAGACAAAGCUCCCCCAGGUAGACUCAGGCAGGGCUGUAGGGGCAAGUGCUGAGACACAGACAAAGCUCCCCCAGGUAGCAUCUAGCAAGGCUGUAGGGGCAAGUGCUGAGACACAGACAAAGCUCCCCCAGGUAGCCUCUAGCAGGGCUGCAGGGGCAAGUGCUGAGACACAGACAAAACUCCCCCAGGUAGCCUCUAGCAGGGCUGUAGGGGCAAGUGCCCCUACAGCCCUGGCGUUUACUACACCACCACCACGACACAAAGUACUCAUUUGAGGCUGAGUCGACCUAGGGGAGGCUCGGUACCGGUUCAGAUAAUCGCUGUCAUUGGGGUUUGUGGUCGUGAGCGGGAAUCGAACUCGGGUCGCCGGGUUCGUAGCGCAGCGUAGCGCGAACCACUACUACACUACAUUUUACACUACACACAGUGACACACACAGACACACACACAGACACACACACAGACACACACACACAGACACACACACAGACACACACAGACACACACACACAGACACACACAGACACACACGCACACACAGACACACACUGACACACACAGAUACACACACACACUGACACACACACACAGUGACACACACAGUGACACACACACAGACACACACACACAGACACACACACAGACACACACAGACACACAGACAGACACACACACAGACACACACACACACAGACACACACACUGACACACACACACACAGACACACAGACACACACACGCACAGACACACAGACACACACACACACACACAGACACACAGACACACACACACAGACACACACACACACAAACACUCACACACACACACAGACACACACAGACACACAGACAGACACACACACGCAUGAUUUUCUUAUUUGCUGCUGCUGCCUCUAAAGGUGGGGGUCACGUGGGUCACUAGGGGAAUGGAUGUGGUAGUACGCCAAUAUGGCCACCGCCCGUGACGUCACACCACCCCCCUUACCCCUCCCCCCACCCACACUCCUAAUCAUAAGCAAUAAUUAACUAUGCAAUUGUCAAAUCGCAAUAAUUUUCAUCAACCCUUUGCUAUUUUUUUGCGACAUUAUUAUUAAUAAUAGAGUGGCCAUCUUGGGUAGGGGUGGGUGGUCGUGCGCCAUCUUGGGUAGGGGGGGCGCCAUCUUGGGUAGGGGGUGGUGGGAAGGGUUGGGUCGCCAUCUUAGAUGGGGGGGGGGGGAGGGAGUUGCAUGUGGGCUGUACCUCCAUCUUGGGUGAGGGGUUGCAUGUCGGUUGGGACGCCAUCUUAGCAAUAGGGUAACCACCCCCCUGGGCGGGCGCCAUCUUGGUCAAGGGUAACCACCCCCUGGGCGGGCGCCAUCUUGGUCAAGGGUAACCCCCUUCCCCUCGGACGCCAUCUUGGUGUUGUUGAUCAGCUGUUACUGUGUUGUGGGGCUUGUUGUUGUUGUUGGUGGUGGUGACGGUAGCGGUGGUGGAUCGCUUUUACUUGGUGACUGUAUUUUUUUUUUUUUGGGGGGGGGGGGGACCCCCCCGGGUCAAUUAUAUUUCGUGUUCGAAACGCAAAGUGUGGCUCUAUUGUGACGUCACCAAUAAACAAAUCCGUGCACCAA